UGUUCGAGCAUACACCAGCCUGCCGAGGGCUCCGCGGGGCGGUUUGGUAAUCGAACGGCGGAAAAAGUCCCUCGCUGGAUGCGAAUCGUGUCCGAGAUCUCCGAGUGUUCCGAGCGAGUGAAGUGGUUCGCAUGAGCGAGAAUACACGCUAGGAUUCAAGUGCAGAACGUCGAGCAGAGCCGCGUAAAUUGGCAAACUCAACCCUGAAGAACGCCAAACAUGAAUCGUGCAACUUCCGAGAGAGAGGCCAAUAGCAGGAAACGUCGGCUCUGUGCCUACAUGCACAGGGUGUGCCAACUGCCCAGGAUCGCCGGUAGGAAAUACUGUCUGCGGCAUAUACUCGAAGACCGCGAUUCGCCUUACAAACAAUGUCAUUACACGCAUCCGACCACGCAACGGAAAUGUCGGUACCCAGCGGCGAAGACCGACAGGCGCGAGUAUCUCUGCAAGCUACACGUGAAUAAGAACAAGAAGAACGUCAAGCGAGUGAUGCCGCUGAACGAGACUCCUCAUAAAGUUUUCGAAGCGCUCGAGAUCUAUUGUCAGAAACCGGAGCACAACGCUCAGAUGGCAACGACGUCAAGGUCGACUCUGAAGUUCUUCGAUCCUGACAGUGACCAGGAACCGCCGACCAUUGAGAAUUGUUACAUUUACGACGGCGACAGCGACGCCGAGAGCGUCGACGACGAUAUCACCGACUCGAAGAAAAACGCGGGCUAUUACGCCGGCGAGGAAGCGGCGAAAAUAACCCUCGAGAAAAUGCAGCGUUUACAGACCCUGUAUCUCGAGCAGUUCCAGAGACUCCGCUACGUGUACGAGGAACGUAAACGUGAUUUCUUCUACCAGAAACAAUUCGAAAAGGGCAAUAUGGGCAAGGAGUUCACGAGCCCCCGCGACGAGCGCCUCUAUCGACGUUACGUGGCGUACAGGAACUACCGUCGCGCUCACGGCAUCGAGGCUAUACUGAAGCAGAAAAUGAAACAGAAGAGGCGGGCCAUGGAAGAGCAACGGCCGUAUCCACCACCCAAGUCUGCAGAAGAGAUUUGCGUGUUCGAUGAAUGCCGGAAAGUACGGAUUCCGUUUUCGGAAUAUUGCGUUAGACACAUACUGAACGAUACGCAGCAGAAGCUCUUCAAAGCUUGCGGAGUCGACGGUUGCUCCCAGCCCGUGUACAGAAUCCGUGGGCGGGAUACGUGUCCGGAACACGUGCCACUCGAAUUCGACACCCAGAAACUUGUCGAGGAAUCGUUGCCCGAAGGCGUCGAGAUCAAGGAAGAGCCCCGGGAACGUUUCGACGGCAUUGACGACCUCGCCGCUCUUGGCCUCGAUGCCGUGGACCCGGGGAGUCUUUUCGGUCUCAAUCAGAGUGGUAUAUCUGUGACCGCUGGCGGUGACGAAUCAACGGACUCCGCCACGUCCGACAACGGACUACCGACAGAUAUCGCGCUCUACGAUGAGGAUCUCUUCAGUCCUCAGCCGGGACCGAGUCGGAUAGGAGGACUCACUCAUGGCUUGAAUGAAUGAAGUUAUCAGCAAUGUCAUCGGGACAAAAAUGUCCAUGUACCAUUCACGAGCAGAGCCGAUCUUGAUUGGAUUCAGCUAGAUUUCGAUCCCUGUACAGACGUGAAAUACGACGCGGAUACCGCAAUUGGAGAGGAAUACAAUCCUCUGAGAGGAAAGAUCAGAGUUUUCGGGAUCGUCGCGGGGAAUUGCCGUAAUGAUCCAGUUUGUAGAUCACCAAGUGGUACGAAAACAUUGAUAGGACUCUCUAAGGCCGAAGUGACCGAUCUCUGAAUGUAUGCUCCUUCAUCCGGGUCCGGAGGGAAAUCUCCAAGCACUGGUCGAAUCAUGACGCAUAUAACUUGAACAUGAGGACCUCGGGAAUUGUGAUAUAUCAGAAUAAAUUCUGAGUUGAA